GAGCCAUUACGCAACUGCUGUGAAAGCAUCCCAGAGACUCUCUAGUGACGGCGAAUCGGAUGUAACUUCAUUUUCGAGUGGUACAGCUCAAUAAUUUAGAAUCGUCAUUGGGUUGCAGCAUCAAAUAAAAAAAAUUCAAACCAGUUCGAGGGACACAGAAAUCGAGUUAUGAACGCUGAAAUACCCUUCCGUUUUCUGUUUUUGUCAUAACUCUGCCGGUAUUUGUUGUUUAUGUGAGAACUCAACCGCCAACUGUUUGAAGGGAUUUUGUAAGAGCCGCAACGUCGCACGGUGAAAAUGGUGAAGAUAGCGUUACAAAUCGCGUGCAGACUGGAUAAUAUCGAGAAACUGAAGCCGUCAGGACCCGACUUCAGGUGGUGCCUGAAGUUCACUUGUUCCAAUUGCGGAGAAACGUCGGACAAGUGGAGUUACGUCUCCCUGGAUGAGUCCGUUCCGGUACAACGGGGCAGUGGCGUCAAUCAUUUCGUGAGCAAGUGCAAACUCUGUCUGCGGGAAAACUGCAUGGCUAUAUUGGAAGAUUCUGUCGAGUCUUUCACUGCGGACGAUCAGGGACGGUUCAAAACAAUUGUCGUAUUCGAUUGUCGAGGAAUAGAACCCUCCGACUUCUCCGCGAGAGAAGGGUGGAUAGCUCAGGCUGCACAGGAUGGCAAGGAAUUUACUGAUGUGGACUUAAGUGAGGGCGAAUGGGAAGAUUAUUGUGAUAAAAUCAUGGAGCCUGUUGGGAUAUACGAGAUCCAGCAUAAAUUUUUGAGAAUUAAAUAGAAUAGAUUUGUGUUUUGAGUUUUACAAAUGCGAGUUUUGCAAAUCUUGGGGGACAAAACCUUAAGAUUCCUCGAGUAAAAAACCAGGAAAAUUUUCAUUUCGAAACUUAUUAUAUCAGAUAUAUUAUUUAUAUGUAUUAUUUAUUUGUUGUUUUUUCUUCUCGUUUUUUUGCUUAUGAUUUAGAAUUUUAACAUUGCAAUAACAAUUUCCCGCUCCGGGUGCCCAUGAUCUUGUUCAUACAAAUUAUGUAAUAUGUGAUCUCAAUGUGGUCCGUUAGCGAGAUGUAUCAACAUAUAUCGUUUUGUAUGUAAAUAUGUAAAGAUGCAUUUUUCCAUUUCCAUGCUUUUUAUUUUUAUUGUACUUUAUUUAAUUGAGAUGUGUAAGCAAAUUGUAAAGCUGUGAAUAUAAAACAUAUUUUGCUAACAAUAAGAUAUGUACAUUUGUUAAUAUACUUAUGGAGAAAUAAUCUAAUAAUAAUAAUAAUAAUAAAUCAAGCUAAAAUGUACAAAUUUUAUUAUUUGCAUGUAAUUAUUUGGUAAAAGGAAUUGAAUCUAAAAUAUUAUCUGUUAGAGAUUGCACUAUUAACUCACAUAAUAUAUUGACAAAAAUAUGUUUUAUUCACAGAAUUAAGGUAAAAAUAAGAGUAAACCAAUCCAACGACAUAAUAUAAUUUAUUCAUAAUCAUAUAAAAAAAAAACCAUUUUACUCCAUAAAUGGUUUAAUGCACAAGAGAUGUUGCUUGCAACAAUAAUUCCACUUUUUCUUCAAUCACAUUCGCAGUUGCCGAAAUAUAUUCUAUAUAAAAAGUCGAGUGAUUAAUGUUGCUUCGCGUUAAACAACGUAAGAUCUGUCGAGACUGUGUCAAUUUACAAAUCAAUUCAGGCAACUGCCUUAUCAACGUAAACCGUAUUGGAAUGUCGGUGUGUGUGUGUGUGUGUGUGAUCGCGUCGAACGUAUGACAAUGAUAUAUUAAUUUGUUUUACGCUUACAAAAUUAAAACAGAUUAAAAAUUAUGUUAUGUACACAGUAUUUCUCUUUUUUUUCCACGUAUAAAACUCUUCGAACAACUUUCUCACUUAACGACAGUUAGUGUACCGCGUGAGACUUUCGAUUGUGAUCGAAGUAACUCGCGCAAUUUCUCUCCACGAUGAGUCAUGAACAGAAAUCGCGCUCCUCGAAAGGGAACGCGUCCUCGUGAACACAUAAGAAAAUUAAUCACAAACGCGACUGGAAGAAAACGAAGGGAAACGCAAUGUGACUUUUCGUUUACUCGACGAUUGCCUAAUGCACUACUACUACUGCAGCUGUAUUUAUCUAAUGCUUUCAGUUACUAUGCUUCCUAAUGUCUAACACAAAUAAAUACAUCGUGUGCGUA